AAACAAACAGCCUGAAAAAGAUUCAGAUGUGGAUGAGAGUCGAUGCUUCAACUCUCUUCAUUAGACUCACAGUGGACGUGUGUGCGUGUUUUUAUCAGGACUGUAGGGACACAGACAGAUUCAAUAGUCCGGAAUAACGGUGAAGUGAUUUUUUAUGGACAAUAAGAGAAGAAAACAGCCGAAUGAAGAGCUGAAAGUAAAGUAAAAGUCAUUGAACACGAAUGGUGAGGCCUUAUUAAAGGAAAGAUGUUGUAGGGGACUUUGGAAGGGGAAAAGUGGUUGGCUGAAUCAACAGUUGCUGUUAACAACUUUCUUGCACAGACCUAAACUCUCAUCUUUUGCUGGUCUAUGAUUGGCUGCCUCGUGUGAACGCACACCUACAUACAAUCACAUCAUAUAUAAAAACAGAAUCCAAUACGCCAUCAUGGCCAAUAUUCAUCCGUACGGAUGCUUUACCCAUGCCAUUGUUAGGGGUAUCCCAGAAUCCUUUGGGAAGUUGGCGGAGGGUGGAGAAGGUGCUCAGGCGGAUCUUGCCAAGGCCCAGCGUCAGAUGGGUGUGCUGACAGGCACGCUGAGGCAAAAGGUAGGACUCCAGCUGAUCGAAAUACCUGCCGAUGCACAGCUGCCGGAGAGUUGGAGGAUUGAAGACGUCGCAGUGAUCCAGGGUGACACGGCUCUUAUCACUCGGCCUUUCAAACAGCAGAGACGCAGUGAGUCGGAGGCCGUACGACGGGUCAUGAGCGAGCUGAAUCUGACAGUGGUGGAGAUGGGCGAUGAGGAGGGAGGAUCCGCUGGGGCCACUCUUGAAGGAAGUGAUGUGCUCUUCACAGGAAAAGAGUUCUUCGUAGGCAUUUCUAAACAUACUAAUCAUCGUGGAGCAGAAGUUCUGGCCGAUACCUUCAAGGACUUUGCGGUGUCCACCGUGCCUGUGUGUGGAGGUUCUCGACUGAAGAACAUCUGCUCUAUGGGCGGCCCUGACACCAUAAUCAUCAGUCAAAGUGAUGGAGCCAAAAAAACCCUCAGAAUGAUGGAACAGCUCACCGAUCAUCACUAUGACAUCUUGUCAGUAGCCGAGGAUGUGGCCGCUAACUGUGUGUACGUCAGAAGUCCAGCUAAAGUGGAUUUCCUCCUGCAUCCCACAGCAGAGGAGUGUCCCGACAGUAUUCCCGUCUUUCAGCGGUUAACAGACUACACUCUACUGCCCACAGCCAGCAGUGAAGCCUUUAAACAAGGGGGGGCGCUGUCCUCUCUCUGUCUCCUCAUCAACAAGAAACUUGGUUAUUAAAUCCAGAAGUCCAGCAUAAUCACUUUCUCAUUUAUCUUGUUUACAGAUGACACAUUUACCUUACAGUACAAAGGAGUCAAUGAGAGACCAUAGGGUCGGCAAUGUGUGUUGUUAUAUAUGACUAACACCUAAUAAAAUGACAAAUUAUGAUAAUACAUAACAGUAUAUUUCCAAGUAUGUAAUGUGCUGAGAUUUCAUUUCUUGUUUCUAGUUUACAGCUGGUCAGCAUAAACCACAAAUAAAGUUUGUAUGUGGAUCCCCUUCUUGUAAUGUAAAGUCAGCUAUAUUUGUUCAUGUAUAAAGAGUUGCUAAACUACUAACCAUUCUUAAAAGUAUUUUGCAGAAAACAUAAAUAUGAACAUAAUAAAAUUUAAACAAAA